AUGAUAUCUGAUCCUUGUCAGUUCUUGCUGGUGUUGAGUAGAAUUUGCUCGCCUACUCCAUCUGGUGACUUUGUCCCAGACUCUCUGUGUUGCAAGUAUGGUGGCUACAGCCACUGUUGCCGCUGCUGCCCCUGCCGCUGCAGCUAUGGCUGUUGGUAUGGUGGCUAUGGCGGCUAUGGCUGCUGGUGCCAAUGCCGCUACCAUGCCACGACUGUUGACAACUACACUCUCCUCACUGGACAGAUGAGGCCCACAGACCACAUCCUCAGCCAUCUGGUCGUUGCCAACAACUUGGUUGGUUUAUCCACUGGGAUCCCGCAUACAAUGGCAGGAUUUGGAUGGAAGUACUUCCUGGAUGAUGCCGGAUGUAUGGAAGAGAUCACCAAGGCCUUCAUUGAAAUGGAGGUUGCCUUCCUCACUCAGAUCUACAUCAGGGAUCCUGAGGAACUCCGGGAUCCAGCAUUUUCAGGGAAAGAAGGGUCAUCUAGAAAUGUCUUUCCUGUGGAUCACAACUAUGUCAGAGAUCUGAAGACAUCCACCAUGUUUGACCUGGACCAGGAGACAUGUGUCACCACACUUCCAGGAGACAUGAUGAAAACACCUACAGUGGAGAUGAGAUCAAAUAGUCUUGAGACUUUAUCUUGGGGCUCCGUGGCUGAGCACACAUGCUGUGAGCACUGCCUCUGCAUCUCUAUCCUAACAGCCAAUUCCUACUGGAAAGCACUUUAUCCCAUCCUUUCUGCAUCUCUGAGAACUUUUAUGAUCAGAGAGAUGGAGAGUGCUCUUCUCCCUGAGUCACUGAAGAGCCUGGAGCAUUCAGAGUCCACAGCCAUUUUGGAUGUUCAGGCUCCUGGUAAAUGUUUAUAUGCUUCUGAGAGUGAUUGGUCAAGACACAAAGAAAAUGUCACUCUGCGCAUGGGUUAUAGAUACUGCACCACAGGCCCACCACAACCAUUUACAACCUUAUUACAGGUGGUCUUAUUCAUUUCCAUUGGUGUCAUGUGCUUGGGUUUCAUGAUGUGGGCCAGUGGCUCCAUGGUACUUUUCCUGCACGGACACAAGCAGAGGGUCCGGCACAUUCACAGCAGCAUUCCCUCCCAAAGACCUGACCACGAGGCCAUGGCCACGUGCACCAUCCUGACCCUGGUGAGCAUGUUUGUCUCUGUCUACUGCCUUUCUGCCAUUUUCACUGUUUGGUUUAGUUCACAAAAGAAGCCAUCCCCAUAG